GGUGUGUGUGCGGAGGGGGCGGCUCCAGGCCCGGCCCUCUAUGGACAUAUAUGUGCGGGCUCUGCCUCCGGGAGGCGUGUCCGUUGUAUAACAGGUGGGGGCCGGGGCAGCACACACUGAGGGAAUGCUCGCACUUCUGUCAGACAUGGCUGCCCUGAGAGCUGCACGCCGCCUGCUGGCACACACUCUGAAGCCACAGAACGCAGGAUCGUCACUGACUCGUCGGUGGAAAUCUACAGCGACAGCUGCUGCAGCAACCCAGGGCGUAGAGGCCAAGACUUAUGUGCACCCUGAUAAGAGGAAACCUAAAACCGGGAUUCUGAUGCUGAACAUGGGUGGUCCAGAGACCCUCGAUGAUGUCCACGAUUUCCUACUUAGAUUAUUUUUAGACAAAGACCUCAUGACGCUUCCAGCACAGAGUAAACUUGGACCUUUUAUUGCCAAACGCCGCACGCCAAAGAUACAAGAACAAUACCGAAAAAUUGGCGGUGGAUCCCCUAUUAAAAAAUGGACGGCACUUCAAGGAGAAGGCAUGGUGAAGCUGCUGGACGAGCUCUCUCCGGCCACGGCACCACAUCAAUAUUACAUUGGCUUCCGUUACGUACAUCCGCUUACUGAAACCGCCAUUAAAGAAAUGGAAAGUGACGGAGUAGAGCGAGCAAUUGCCUUCACACAAUACCCCCAGUAUAGCUGCUCCACCACAGGAAGCAGCUUAAAUGCAAUUUAUCGAUACUAUAAUUCUAAAGGUAUAAAUCCCGGUAUGAAGUGGAGUGUGAUUGACAGAUGGCCAACGCAUCCUCUUCUCAUCCAGUGUUUUGCUGAUCACAUCCAAAAAGAACUGAAAAUGUUUCCAGAAGAAAAGAGGGCGGACGUGGUCAUUCUUUUCUCUGCGCACUCUUUGCCAAUGUCGGUGGUGAAUCGAGGAGAUCCGUACCCACAGGAAGUUGGAGCUACAGUGCAAAAAGUAAUGGAGAAAAUUAAUUUCUCCAAUCCCUACAGGCUUGUGUGGCAAUCCAAGGUUGGACCCAUGCCCUGGUUAGGUCCUUCUACAGAUGAAACUAUCAAAGGUCUGUGCCAGAAAGGGAAAAAAAAUAUUCUUCUGGUCCCCAUUGCCUUUACCAGUGACCAUAUUGAAACUCUAUAUGAGCUGGAUAUAGAAUAUGCUGAGCAUCUGGGCAAAGAGUGCGGAGUGGAGAACAUCAGACGGUCCGAAUCCCUUAAUGGAAAUCCAUUGUUCUCCAAGGCUCUUGCCGACUUAGUUCUUUCCCAUCUCAAGUCCAAUGAGAUCUGCUCGAAACAGUUAACUCUGCGGUGCCCGAUGUGUGUUAACCCUGUCUGCGGAGAGGCGAAGGAUUUCUUCAAGAAACAGAAGCUGUGACGCUACGCAAAAUAAAAAGCACAAGCUUUCAGGAUGCAAUUUUUUAUUUUUUGUUCUUCCAGUUUUACUAAAUUUAUGUAUCUUUUUAUUUAUAUAUAUCUAGUUUUUUUUAUUAUAUAUAAAAGCGGCUGUGCACCUGUUUUGGCAUAGCUGAAAAGAGAAGCAUGCUUGCCUGCUUCCUGGCACUAGCUGCUGCACUCCCAGGAUGUAAAUGUCCACUUUUGACACUGCACCCAAUCGCUGGCUACCUGCUCCCCUUGUGUCACGUGACCAUUCAACAUGAUGCAACAGGAGCAGGUCACCACUGCGGCUAGCGACUGGAUGCAAUGGCGUCAAAACGGAAGUUUUACACUUUGUGAGCAAAGUGGAGUGAAGAUGUCAGGAAGCGGGUACAGAUGCUUCCUUUUGAAAGUCUGCCUGAGGGGUUGGCAAAAACCCUCCCAAAGGUGCACAACCCCAUUUAAGCACUAAAAGAGUUCCACGUACCGCCCCAUUAUCUGAAAUGUCCCUGCCUAAAAAUGUCCAUAGGCAGGUGAUAUUUAAGGGUGUACUCUCGCCCUAUAAAGUGGUAGCAUAGUGUUAGGAUAUGUCAUCUGUUUUUGAGUGUUCGGGUCUGACCUCUGUGACCUACAAUGAUCUUGAGAAGGAAAGGGCUGUAGCAGUGGUGUAUUGCUAUAUAGGAGAAACGUUGUAAAAUUCUGCAUUCCAUCGACAAAAAACAGACAAUUUUCCAUCUGUGUGGAAGCGGUGGUGAGACAGCA